AUGGGCUUGUUGACGAUCAAGAGGGUUGCGACGGUCGUUUCCAAUUACCAAGAAUGUUGUUCUGAAACUGUAGAAGUUGGCUGCGGCCGGGAUUGCGUUGGAAACUGUUGUUUACCUGUAUCAAAGCUACCUCUUUAUGCAAUCAAGAAUGAAAAAGAUGGUUCAACCGGAGAUGAUUCGGAGAAUUCACUAACGGAAGAGCCACAGCGGACAUGUUUCCUUCAUAAUUUGCUGCUGGGAGAAUGGGAAGAUCGAAUGAACCGAGGGCUUUUUCGCUACGAUGUGACCACAUGCAAGACAAAAGUUAUUCCUGGUGACUAUGGUUUUAUAGCACAGCUAAAUGAGGGCCGUCACCUUAAGAAACGCCCUACUGAGUUUCGUGUUGAUCAAGUUCUUCAGCCUUUUGACGAUAACAAGUUCAAUUUCACUAAAAUUGGCCAAGAAGAAGUGCUCUUCAGGAUUCAACAAAGUAAUGACUUCAACAGCCAGUACUUCCCCAGUGCCCCAGCUGAUUUAAACUCUCUUAGUGUUGUCGCCAUCAAUGUGAGUCCGAUUGAGUAUGGACAUGUUCUCUUGAUACCCCGUGUUCUUGACCGCUUACCACAACGAAUUGAUCAUGAGAGCUUCUUGUUAGCUCUUUAUAUGGCUAAAGAAGCCGCUGAUCCAUUCUUCAGAUUGGGUUACAACAGCUUGGGUGCUUUUGCUACUAUUAAUCACCUACACUUUCAGGCAUAUUACUUGCCUUUGCCUUUCCCAGUUGAGAAAGCUCAAACUUCAAGAAUAGUUACAGUGAAAGAUAGAGGAGUUGUGGUUUCUGAGUUAUUGAAUUAUCCUGUGCGAGGCCUUGUCUUUGAAGGAGGAAAAUCGGUGAAGGAUCUAUCUAAUGCAGUUGCUGGCUCUUGCAUUUUCCUUCAGAACAACAACAUCCCUUUCAAUGUGUUGAUAUCUAGUUGUGGUACAAGAAUCUUUUUGUUCCUUCAGUGUUACGCUGAGAAACAAGCACUUGGAGAAGUUAGCCAGGAGCUUCUAGACACCCAAGUGAAUCCUGCAGUUUGGGAGAUUAGUGGGCAUAUAGUAUUGAAGAGAAAAAUAGAUUUUGAGGGAGCAACUGAAGAAUAUGCUUUGAGACUUCUUGCCGAAGUUUCUCUGACAGAAGAAAGAUUCGAGGAAGUGAAGGCUUAUGUCUUGGAAGCAUCAGAGCUGCAAGAGGCCAACAAGGAGGAAAACAACAUAAAUCAAGAUGACGAUUCUCUUGAAAAUCUACCUGCUGCUCGUGCUUCAAAUUUACCUCAAGACUGUAUUGUUUAGCAUUGAAGGAUUUACCAUUUUGACAGAUUGAAAAAUAGAGUACAAGUAGAAAAAACUAUAAGAGAUGUUAUAUUUGGCCAUAGUAUUUUAAAUUACACUGGCCAGAUUGUUGUUGAUUCACUGACAUUUACUGGUACUGUAUCUGAACUUUGUUACUUGGAAUGAGUAAUAUAAAAACUGUGAGUGAAAAAGCCAGAUUAUCGUUGGCUUCA